AUGUUGACCGUCAGCAGACUCGCGAGUCAGUCGUCCUUCCUUCCUUCAGUAGUGCCUGGAACGGGUGCCAGUGAGGAAGAAACCAAACGAACCCUAACCCGAAAACGGCUAAGAUUUAGUCACUUCUGCUGAAGCAGUUGAACGAACCGAAAAGAACUUCCAUAGAAGAGAAAUAAACAAAAAAGGACCGAGAAAAUUACAAAAAUAAGUGAAUGUGAAACAGGAGCAAAAAACGAUCGGAAAAGAAGUGAAAAAUGUGACGGUUCAGGAUCGAAAGAAUGACCUUUGACCAGUGGCGCUGACCGGAAGUGAAUGUCUGAAGAACCACCGCAAGGUGCCAACAAUCGAAUGUUCAACGGGCCGGGGGGGUACCGGGGGGCACCGAAGAUGGUCUUGGGCGCCUCCCCCCCUCCGGUUACCAUCACCAAGGUCUUCGAUGCUUGGAAUGAGAUGAUAGAAAAUGAGAACCAAAGUCUGCGGGAUAGAGUGGCAGACUUGGAGAAAAAGGUCCAUGAACAGACAGACGAGAUUAUGUGUCUUAGGUCCACCCUGGCAGACGUCCUCAGAAGAAUUAGCACCAUCGAAGGCGCUAGAGCCUUAGCCAACAACCAUGCUGGUGGUCGAGCCACACCGACAAAGGAUACUGUCAGACUAAGGCAUAACAACAGCGACUCAGCCAGGGACGUCUCUAAGAGGGCUUCUUCGUACUUGCCUGGGAGAUCCCCUUCAAACACACAGAUUAGAGGUGCACAUGAGGCCUCUAAACCCUACAACUCUUCACCUCACUUACGGGUCACCUUUAGCAGGCGCGGCGUCCACUAUCAGUCCACGUCGAGCUUAUACUCUGACGGGCACAGCUCAUCCUCGGUCAGCCCCGCCCCUUCCCCGUCCCCGACACAGGCCAACAACCCACACCCAGUCCACACCGCCCGUCACACAACCCCUUCACCAUCACCCUAUGCCUCCCCCGCGCGCCCACACCAACUAGGGGUGCUGAACAAGAGAUGGGCGUCUACCAGUGACUUCGCCACACCCGCCCACCACCAGUACCACCACCUGGCCCCUUCCCCUACGCCCACUAACUCUCAGCUUGCCAGACGACCUAACAGCGGGUCCCUCCACAACUUGAAUCAUCUCCGAUCGUCCAAUUCGCAGCUCAACCUUAGUCGACACGGAGCAAAAGAAGCCCAGUACAAUGCUGAAGAAGGCAUAAUUAAGAUGUACCUUCGAGGUCGUCCCAUCAACUUAUACGUCCCAACACCUAUGAGGGAGACCUAUGUCCCUAAUGGACCCUCUUCAUCCCCACCCGCUAAGCUCAAGCUUGAAUGGGUCUAUGGAUACAGAGGGCGUGAUUGUCGCAAUAAUGUCUACCAAUUACCAACGGGGGAGAUAGUGUACUUUGUGGCUGCUGUUGUAGUCUUGUACAAUGUUGAAGACCAAAUGCAAAGACACUACUUGGGUCACACAGAUGAUAUCAAAUGCUUGGCUGUCCAUCCCAACAAACUUUUAAUUGCAACUGGUCAGACAGCUGGACAUGAUCGUCGUGAUGCCAGGUCAUGGCGCCUCAACCCUCCAUCGGAUCCCUUGAGCCCAGAGGCCGAGGAGUGGCCUCACAUUCGCGUUUGGGAUAGUGUCAGCCUCAAUACCCUGCACGUAAUUGGAAUCAGCGACAUAGAACGAUCCGUGGCUUGCUUAGCCUUUUCAAAAGCCGAUGGUGGAAGUUUACUAGUAGCUGUGGAUGAAGCACCUGAUCACAACAUGUCUGUAUGGGACUGGUCCCGAGGAGAACGUGGCUAUAAACUUCUUGAAACUAAGUGUUCAGCAGAUCAGGUAUUGGCUGUAGAUUUCUCCCCAGUUGAUCGCAGCACAAUCAUUACCUGUGGAAAAAAUCACAUCUCAUUUUGGAACUAUGAGAGUGGCAUGCUUGCUAAACGAAUGGGAAUAUUUGAAAACAGGGAGCGUCCAAAGUAUGUGACUUCCAUCUCUUUUACGGACGCAGGAAAUGUAAUUUCUGGUGACUCCAAUGGUAACCUUUUGAUUUGGCAGCGAGGUGGCAACACUGUUUAUAAGAUGGUUCGUGGUGCUCAUGAUGGGCCUGUGUUCUCCAUAUUGGUGCAGAAGGAUGGAGGAAUAAUCACCGGUGGAAAAGAUGGACGCAUUGUUGAAUGGGACAGAGAUCUCGAAAGAACUGGCAAUGUGAUCGAGAUUCCAGAGCAAUACGGGUCACCACGUGUCGUUACAUCAGGCAGAGGAAGUCAGUUGGUUGUUGGUACAACCCGCAACUGUGUUUUAGGAGGCACUUUUACCUUCCCAUUAAGACCAGUCAUGCAGGGACACACUGAAGAGUUAUGGGCACUGGCUCCACACCCUGGACAUCACCAAUUUUUGACUGCAGGAUAUGAUCGAACUUGUUAUUUAUGGGAUACCAUGGCCCACACCAUUGUAUGGAGCAAAGACAUAGGGGAGCAUGCCCAGUCAGCUGCAUUUUCUAACAAUGGUGAGAUUGUGAUCAUCGGAACAACAAGUGGAAGGUGGUUUGUCAUGGAUUCUGAAACCCGUGAAAUGUACUCGCAGCACCAAGAUGGGAAUGAACCCAUUCAGGUGCUUAAGUUCUCACCAAAUGGGCAGUAUCUUGCUGUUGGUUCCCGAGAUAACAACAUCUACAUCUACCAAGUUUCAGAAGAUUGUCGUAAAUAUACCAGAGUUGGUAGGUGCCAGGCUAAAGUCAGAAGAGCCAGAUAUCAAAGUGCAUCAUCGGUGGGUCAUUCUAGUUUUGUGACUCACUUGGAUUGGUCCGCUGACAGUCAGUUCCUUCAGACAAAUUCUGGCGAUUACGAGCUACUUUUCUGGAAUGCUGGUCUUUGCCGUCAAAUUGCACAAACGUCUCAGAUGAGGGAUGUUGAAUGGGCCACCCAGUCUUGCACUCUUACAUUUGCUACAUUAGGUAUCUGGCCAGAAGGUACUGAUGGAACAGAUAUCAAUACUUGUGCCAAGGCAAAUCAGAUGGACUUGUUGGCAACUGGAGACGAUUUUGGCAAGAUAAAAUUGUUUGCUAGUCCAGCUUGUCAACAAAGAGCUCGAUGUCUUGAAUAUGGUGGCCACAGUAGUCAUGUUACAGCAGUAGGUUUCUUGCAAGAUGACUCACGAAUGAUCUCCACUGGAGGCAGAGACACAGCAGUCAUGCAGUGGGUUGUUUCUUCCAACUCCUCCUCCUCGCAUCGUUGA